UGUCUUGUCAAUUGUCAUAAUUUAUGUUCCAUGCUUCGCCUUUCUUAAGCCGCUAGUUGCUGUCGUAAAGUAAUAUAAUACAAUAUAACUUUAAACAUGGAAGAGAGCGUUGCUUUAGAUUCCAGUAAACAAAAACAAUUUGUUAAGUCUGUCAGAGGAAUAAAAAAACUUUUGAAGAAAAAGACUAAGAAAUUGGGAACAUCAGACGCAGUUAACAAAACAGAGCUUAUAAAGGAACAAGAACCAACUAAAAAACCAAAAUCCGAAAAGCCAAAAAAAAAGAAAGUAAUUAAAGAAGAAAAAAUUAAGAAAGCAAAUACAGAGGGAAAAAAACCCAAGAUAUUCAAGAAACGUGAAAAGAAAGGUUUGGUGUAUCUUUCCCACAUUCCACAUGGAUUUUAUGAGCACCAAAUGACAGAGUACUUCAAACAGUUUGGAGUAGUAACUAAUGCUAGAGUCAUAAGAUCUAGCCGUACUGGAAACUCAAAAGGUUAUGCUUUUGUUGAAUUUAAAGAGCCAUCUGUUGCUGAAAUUGUUGCAGAAACUAUGAACAAUUAUUUAAUGGGAAAGAGAUUGAUAAAAGCUGUAUAUAUACCCCCUGAAAAACAAAAAUUGCAUGCUCUAAGAAAAAACUGGAAUAAUCAAAAUAAUCCAGCAAGAGAGCACACUCUGAAAAUGAAAAAGGUAAUAAAUGCUGAUAAAAGUGACCAGGAAGAGCUUUUGGUUGCAGAGAAACUAUUAUCCAAUCUCUCGAGAAACAAAAAAAAAUUGAAAGCAUUGGGUAUAGACUAUGACUUCUUUAUGCCGGUAGACAUUCCUGAGGGUUUAAAAGAAAAAAUAGAAAAAAAGGAGGUUAUAGUCAAAGAUGUGAGUUUAAAUAAAGGAAUAGAAUUAAAAGAGAAAGUUAAAGUUGAAGAAAAUAUAACAAAGAACCAACUGAAAAAAAUUAAAAUUGAACCCACAGUAAAAAAUAACACUGUGAAUUUAAAAAAAGAGAUAAAUAAAAAACAACUUAACAAAAAUACAAAAGACACAAAAUCUAUUGAAAAUCAACCAUUACAAGAAAGCAAAAAUUUAGUUCAGGAAAUUCAUAAAAAAAAACAAACAAAUAAAAACCAAAAGCUAAAAGAGACUGACCUUAAGGCAGACAAUUUUAUAAACAUUAACAAUUCAGAUGAUGAUGAUGACAGUGAUGAAAGUGUUAAUUUUGAUUCUGAUGAAUUUGAAAAGAUGAUGGAGAAUGAUGAUGAUGAUGAUGAUGAUGAUAAUGAUGAUGAAGAUGAAGAUGUAUCAUCAGCUGAUGAGAGUGAUAGUUUGAAUAAGGGAAUAAUACAGAACAAGACACAUUUAAAAAAAAAAAAUGCUCCUAUUGCUUUCCAUAUUGAUAAUGGUACAUCAAAGGCAACAUUGAAGAAUAAACAAGGCAAAGAAUUUGCUAAAGUUAUAGCAGAAAAAAGGAAUAAAAUCAUUAAUGCACCAAUAACGCCAAAAAAGGCAAAGUUCGAGAAGCAAAAUAAGAAGACAUUAAAUAAAGUAAUUAAGAAGAAAAAAUAAAUAUUAAGCUAUUUUUAAAAAUUUUUUUUCAUCAAUUUUCUAAUAUUAUAGGUUGACAUUCAUUAUUUAAUUUAGUAUUUGCAAUAUUUUGGAAUAAUGAUCAACUUAAAUGAUUUGAAUUAUUGUUCCCUUGGGUAUCUAUUUUUAUUUAGGUUACUUAUUUAUAAACACACAAAAGCUAUUAGUUCAGUUGCUUACAUUUAUUUUGAAUAGAGUAAAAUAAAUAGUUUACAAACUUAAUGUACAGUGUUCAUCAAUGGCUAUACAAUCGUCAAAUAGAACUAGUACAGGUUUUUCAUCUUCUUCACAAUCAUUUAGCCCUGUAAAAUCCCACUUAAGUUUUAGAGUUAAGUUUUCAAUAAAUCUCUCAAUCAUAGUCAGUAACUGACCAUCAACUUUCUUAUUUACGAAU